AGAAACGUAGUUCUUGUUUUCUCCGUGGCGCUCUCGACCCAAACAAUGAAUUCCAACAUGGAGGCAAUGUGCUACACAGUUUGAAAAUGCAGGCCGUGUCAUGCUUUGAAAAAAAUCAUUUUAUAGUAGAUUUUGGUGGAAAAUGUCGGACCCUAAACGUGCUACUCUUAUAACAGUGGGUGCUCCAAAAAGUGCAAAGAACAAAGUGACUAAAACAGUGAGAUUAACUAUAAAUUUGGAUGAAAGCAACGAAAGUAAAUAUCCCGAGUUGAAUUACAAGGAACUAGUCAUAACAGAAGAGAGGAAAAAAAGAGUAGAAAAUGGCAAGACUUCAGGGCUGGACCCUUUCUCAGACAACGAUGAUGAUGUGGAGCGUGUUGCCAGGAAGUUUGAACAGAAAUAUGGUGGUAAGAGCACAUAUGGAAGGAAGGGACGUAAACGGGACGACUUUGCAGAUAUCGGAGCGGGCUAUGAUGAAAACGACUCUUUUAUUGAUAACACUCAUGGUUAUGACGAGAUGAUCCCUCCGGAAUGUGAUACCCUGUAUGGUGGGUUCUACAUCAACAGUGGGUCGCUAGAAUUUAAAACGGUACCUGAUGGUCAGAAUGAUAAUUCUGACGCUGAACCUGCAGCAAACAGGAAGAAGAGAUGUCUAUCAUCAAGUAGUAGCGAAGAUGAAUCCUCAGAGAGCUCAUCAGAGUCUGAAAGUGCCGAGGAAAAGGAACCUAAAGCGAUAGCUAAUGGCGUCCUUGAUUCUCACGAGACUGAACAUCGAAAAAAGAAAAAUAAAAAGAUCGAUAAAAAGAAACCGGACAAAAUACGAAGGACAGAUUCGUCUGCAGCGACAUCUGGUAAACAGACUUCGGAUGAUAAUGCUCCAGCUGAUGCUGAGAGUGCGGACUCGAGGACAUCACAAUCUGACUCCCUUACAUCCAAACCUGCUCCGAGCUCGGAGAAUGCAAUAACUUCUGAUAGCUCAAGGGAUGUGGAAGCGAAGGUGGAAGUGAAACUUCCCCAAGCGGUGUGCCAAGUGCUGGAGGAGCUGGAGACGCUGGUGCGCCUGCUGCACUCAGUAAACACCUCCUCCGAGGAGAUAGAGAUUAAGACAGAUCCUCAUAUUGUCAGAUUGGAGCGAGCGUUAUCAGAGAACAGCGCAAGUAAUCAUGUUCAGCGCAGUGCAUGGGGUAAGGCGGCUCGUCUGCUUCGUGUCAGUCGUCACAGACUUCAGCAACGCGCCGUCAAGCAAACAGACACACAAGUUUCCAACACAACACCAACAACAACAAUUGCUCAAACAACAGUAACUUCGAUUACAACUUCAACAACAUCUCUUACAACAACCUCUACAACAACAGUUAACACAACAAACAACAAACGUAAAUAUGAAGAUGAUGAAGUCAUGGAUACAAGCAGAUUAACACCUGAUGAAAGGGAAGCUAAGAUUGUUGAAACAUUACAGAGGUUAAAAACACUAAUUGAAGAACGCAGACCAGGAAUGAUAGCUAACUAUAAUGCAGAGUGCGAGAGAGUACAGGAGGAAAGAAAAAAGAUACAAAUCGCAUCUCGUUCGGAAGGUGCACCUAUGAUAGAGAAGCGAUUACCAAAGCGCAGGUUCCCUUGGUGCAGCCGCAGCCGGGCGCUGCUGGCGAAGCUGGCGCGGCUGGCGGGCUCGGAGGCAGCUGAUUUAUUAGCACGGAGAGCUCUACCUUUAUUCCCUAAGGGAUUUGUUAGAAUGCCAACAUUACUGCGACAAGCGGAUCUCAAUAAAGAAAUGAAAGCUGCGGAUACGAAACGUCAACGUAUGAAUACUGAAACACAACCAGUUGUUUCACAACCAGUGGCUUACACGGAGCAAAUACAAUUCCCCAGUUCUCUAACUGUCACAACAAGUGUGAAAACAUCAGAUAAACAGGAACCGGAAGAUAAAGAUUCCAAAUAUAAAAUAAAUCCAGCUGUAUUCGGGAAAAUAAUAAAUAGCUAUGCAAUAAGUAAUGAUCUAAUUGUAGAAAAAGCUGAAGAUAAAAGGAAAGAUAUCACAGAAAAAAGUAAAGAAGACGUUUAUAUACCUUCAAAUAAUAUAGGCUGUAUAACUAUAACUCCAGUGCCAAAUCAACAGAAACCUUAUAAAAAAAAUAACAUUAUAACAGAUAAAAAAGAACCAUUAUUAAAAGUUAAAUCACCAGCCGCAUUAAAUGAAAUGAUAAAAAAAGAUAAACAUAAAAAACCGGAAAAGAAGAAAAAUAGAGUAGAAUCUCCUCUACAUAUAGACACCGGUUACCAAAAUAAAGAACCAACCGCUAGUCCAAAAUCGAAAGAAGAAAUAUCACAGAAGCAAUUAGAAAAUAUGAGAACAGCGGAGAACAAUCUUCCACGGCCAGCAUUGAUCCCGGUACAUCAUUCUCCGACCUUUGCUAAACCGGAUAAGAGGCCUCCGGAAGUAAAGAAGAAGAAAGAUGUUAUGAUCGUAUCUGAUGUUGAUCCCUUAGGUGAUGUACAACAAGAACCUGUCGCUAUAGAUGACAGUAGUAGUGACAUAGAAGUUGUAGAAGACAAGAAUACGGACAGAAGUGACAAGAAUACAGUGCCUUUGAAUGACAAAGUGUGUGUGAGAGACGAUAAAAAAGUGAACAGUGUUAACAAGGACUCUAAUAAAGGUGGUAAAGAGUGUCGACAGAAUUAUUUAGAAGAAUCAACGAAUGAAGAUAUGGAUAAUCUUAUGAGAAAUAUAAUAGCUAUGGAGCAUUCACAAGAACCUGCCAAGUUAAAUUGCAACUCAUAUGGUGGAGUCAUAACUAGUGCAAAGCACGAGGUGUCUUCCAAACAAUACAACGCAAGGAAUACUAUAUUUGGGGAUCAGCGUAGCGAUAAAGACAAAUUCGCAGGACUAACUUCUUUGAACAAAAUGGAUGGAUGUAGCGUUAUCACAGGCUGAUUAAAAGUACACUAAAAUGAGUAAUAUUGUACGGCAGUGUACCGCCGCGUCCGUAACAGUCCACCCCCUUUUUGUACUGCAGAGAACACAUUGGAAUAGUUAUAAAUUAUAUAAAAAAAAAUUGUAAAUGUUUGCUAAAGAGAUAAGGCAAUUUUAAAUGACUGCCACAAUCAGAGAUGUUUAGUUACUCAGUCUUAGUCAUUUUCUUCACACUAAGGCGCGACCUUAGUGGCCAUUGCAUGACUGUGUGUGGCAGUUAUUGUUAUUUAAGACAAGCAGACACUUGUGGAUUUCAAAUAUAAGUUUUUUUUGUUGCAAUUUUUUUUUUUU